ACUCGGUGGAACCUCAUGCUCUUUGAAUGAUACCCAAUCCGUCACCUUACAUGGGGAUAUCGUAUUUCAGCUACGGCUAUUCAUCGGGAUCUGUCAUGAGGGGGAAAAAGUAUAAAGACUGGACAUGACCCCCUCUCGAACCCUUCCUUACUCUCUCAUCCACGGUGCCGGGUUCAAUAUCACUCGCUUUUUCACAAGGAAAACACCAAAAUGAAGCUUUCAGCCAUUGCUCUCUUUGUUUCGGCCGCUGCGGCGAUUCCGCUUAACGACCUCGUAAAGAGGACUCCCCCGAAUAUUCCUAGCGGAGCGAGUGCAAUAACUAUGCUUGCGUCUCUUACCACCAGAACUUCGGACCCAUCGGGAUACGAUAGGAAUUUGUUCCCGCACUGGAUUACAAUCAGCGGUACUUGCAAGUGAGUUCGAAUGCCGUCCCGAAUUAACUCCAACUAAGCAUAUCCCGCUUUCAGCACUCGCGAGACCGUCCUGAAGCGCGACGGAACCAAUGUGGUCCAGGCGAGCGACUGCUCGGCGACAAGUGGGAGUUGGUACAGCACUUAUGACGGCGCAACUUGGACUGCUGCCUCGGAUCUUGUAUGUCCCAGCGGAACCAUCACAUCUCCUAUCUUAUCUAUCAUUAACCAACCAACCAAAUUACCAUGCAGGACAUUGAUCACGUCGUCGCUCUUUCCGAUGCCUGGAAAUCCGGAGCGAAUACCUGGGUGAGGGAAUAAUCCUUUCAGCUCUCAUUCCCACCUACACUAUCUCCUACUUACCAAAGUACUAAUCCUAAUCAUCUCCAAGACCACCUCCAAACGCCAAGAAUUCGCCAACGACCUAACGAACCCCCAGCUCAUCGCCGUGACCGACAACGUUAACCAAGCAAAGGGGGAUAAAUCCCCUGAUGCAUGGAAGCCACCUCUGAGUAAUUUUCCCUUCAACCCCUCUCCCCGAUAAACAAAAGCUGAUAUUAUCCAACCGCAGCCUCGUACUACUGCACAUAUGCCUGUAUGUGGGUCAAGGUCAAAUAUGUAUGGGAACUCUCUGUAAAGUCCGCCGAGAGAUCAGCUUUGACGGACAUGCUGAACACUUGCUGAGAACUUGCCAAGUUGAGGGAGAACGAACGGGUUCUGGAUGCUGGAUGCUGGAUAUCAGUGGUUUACGUUAUGUUACUGGUAGAUAUGAUAGGCUAUCGUACGGUCGUUUUGCAAAUGGGGCAAUUAAAUUAAGGGACCGGCCUAUUGCGCCGGGAUUUGUG